AUGAAGUCCGUAGCUGUCCUCCCUGCCAUCUUGGCGCUUGCAAACGCCCACGCCACUUUCCAACAACUCUGGAAGAACGGAAAGGAUCUCGAGAGCACUUGUGCCAGGUUGCCACCUUCCAACAGCCCCGUCGAGGAUUACACCAGCAAUGCUCUCCAAUGCAACGUCAGCCCCGCUCCUGCUGAGGGAAAGUGCGACUUCGAGGCCGGUGACACAGUAACCAUCGAGAUGCAUCAGCACAACACCCGUGACUGCAAAGAGGAAGGCCUCGGUGGUGCUCACUGGGGUCCUGUUCUCGCAUACAUGUCCAAGGUUGAGGACGCAGCCACCGCCGACGGUUCCAGCGAGUUCUUCAAGGUCUACCAGAACACCUGGGCUAAGAACCCAGAUGCCACUCAAGGCGACAACGACUUCUGGGGUACCAAGGACCUCAACUACAACUGCGGAAAGCUCGACUUCACCAUUCCCAAGAACAUCGCUCCUGGUGACUACCUUCUCCGUGCUGAGGCAAUCGCCCUACACGCUGCAGGCCCAGCCGGUGGUGCUCAGCACUACAUGACUUGCUACCAGCUUACUGUCACUGGUAGCGGAACUCUCGAGCCUAAGGGUGUCACCUUCCCUGAGGCCUACUCAAAGACUGGCCCCGGUCUUGGUUUCUCAAUUCACGCCGACCUCGACUCAUACCCCGCCCCUGGCCCUGAGCUGAUCGCUGGCGGCACUGAGGCUACCCCUCAGCUCCUCACUUUCGGCGAGCUCGCUGGUGCCCCUGCCGCCACCGCUACCGGUGGUGCCGCUGAGACCCCCGCUGCUUCCACUCCGGUUUCCGUUGCUGCCUCUUCUACUGCUGCUCCUGCUACCAGCAGCGCCGCUGUUGAGGCUGAGCCUUCUUCCGCUGCACCAGUUGAGGUGUCUUCUGCUGUUGAGAGCUCCGCAGCUGUCACCUCUGUCGCCGUUUCGUCUGCGGCUGCCCCUGUCGAGUCUGAGGUUGUCUCUACCCCUACUCCUGAGGUCUCCAGCGUUGUUGCUCCCUUCCCUGUAGCAAACAGCACCUCCUCUAUGCUUCCCGGCACCGCAUCCCCCGUCGUCACUUCCAGCGUUGUCGUUGCUCCCACAACCAUGCUUACCGCCGUCCGUCCUACCCAGACCGCCGAAGCUUCCGGUCCCAUCAAGGAGUACUACCAGUGCGGUGGCCAGGGCUUCAAGGGUACCGGCGAGUGUGCCGAGGGUCUUGAGUGCAAGGACUGGAACCCAUGGUACUCUCAGUGCGUCAAGCCCGAGGCUACCAAGCCCGGUCCUUCCAAGGGUCCUAUGCCUUCCUCCGCUGCUGCUUCCAAGCCUACUGCCACCGCCGUGUCCCCCAAGCCCACCGCAGAGGCUCCCAAGCCUUCCGCUGAAGCCCCUAAGCCCUCUGCCGCUAAGCCUACUUCCGCCGCUGCCGUCGAGGCUAAGCCUACCUCUGUAGCACCCGUCGCUACUGAGCCCUCAAAGCCUGCUGCUUCAUCUGCACCUGCUGCCGGUGCUGGUGAGAAGACAUACACCCUCGAGACCUUCAUUGCUUUCCUUGAGCAGGAGGCUGGUAGCGAGUCUGCUGCCAAGAUCCGCCGUAUGAUUGAGGCCCUUCAGUAA